AAAAGUAUGUUUGCUUUCAUUGAAAAUGCUGAGACCAGCAGAUGUGAUAGCAGUCUGCAAGCCUUAUCCUGGAUGGGUAAGACUCCUGAUAGAUUACCUGACAAUGGAUCUUGGAAGUUGACAGAGGCCAGUUAUUACCAUCAUGGCUGGUUGGCCACAGGUAAUGCAAAAGGGAUCAUUGGUAUAACAUUCACUUCUAUUCAUUCUUACGUUUUGGAUCAACCGAUUAGGACCACAUUUUAUUUGAGAGGACAUAGAAGUGAAGUAAUGCUUGUGAAGUGGAAUGAACCGUUUCAGAAGUUGGCGACAUGUGAUGUGUCAGGAAUCAUAUUCGUAUGGAUCAAACAUGAUGGACGAUGGUCUAUUGAGCUUAUUAAUGAUAGGAAUAGUCAGGUUACUGAUUUUACUUGGUCGCAUGAUGGACAAAUGGCUCUCAUAUGCUACAAAGAUAGUUUUGUUUUGGUUGGAUCUGUUGGAGGUCAGAGGUAUUGGUCAACUGUUUUAAACUUGGAAGGGUGCAGUGUUUCAUGCGGUAUAUGGACCCCGGAUGAUCAAAAGGUUAUGUUUGGUACGACAGCCGGUAAAGUCAUUGUUAUGAGUGCCACUGGCACAAUUAUUGCUGAAGUUGUUAUACGAGCCGAUCUAGAAAUUACACAUCUUGGCUGGUCCACUGAGAAAUUCUACAUGUUUGAGAAUAACUAUAAAACUGAUUCGUCCAACAACUCGAACUACAAUAACGAGAACAUUUCUGUAAACAAUGGCAAUGAUUCUAACAACAUCUAUACGAUUGAUGAAAACUUUCCAUAUAUUUUGAGUGUAGUCCUGUCGGUUGGAGAUAUAUUGUUAAUGACGGGAUACGAUGACCUCUGUCCAAAGGUUAUUCACACGGGACUCAAAGGCGUGAAGGUGGAGUGGUCUAACGAUGGGGAAGUUUUGGCAGUGGUUGGUCACACUAAAGCGCCAGACAAAAGUGAUGAAGUUGUUAAUGAGCUGAGGUUUUACAAGCAGUCAAUGAAAUGUCAACUUUCAAUGAUUUUGCCCGCUGUUCAGCAAAUAGUUACUGCUAUUACAUGGGCACAUAAUGAUCAAAGACUUUUUGUCGCUAUUGGUAAUGAAUUAUUUACAAUUUGGGUGUACAAGCAUGUCGCUAAUUUGCAGUUGCUGUGCAAAACUAAAAUUCGUCAGAUGGUUUCAGAUGAGUCUCUCGUUCAAACUUUACCUUUACCUUAUAAAAUUCUGUCCAAUGUAUUUGACAUGUACUCUUCAACUAUAAAGGGUUACAUUCCUCGCCCUGGAAAUUUGAGAGAAUUCGUAUGCACGUGCCCGCACUUCCGAGACAGACUACACUGCACAAUAAUUAGAAAUGGCGAUGAAUCAACAGGCAUUUAUUACGUUUUGUAUCUAGAACAUCUUGGAGGACUCAUUCCUCUUCUGAAAGGUAAAAGAGCUAGUAAGCUGCAUCCAGACUUUGUAAUCUUUGAUCCUCAGGCUGAAGCAAAUAUUAACGGCAAAAGUAACGGCAAUAGUAAAGGUGAAAACUUAUUUCAAGUUAACUCGAACUUUUACCUGUUUUUAUAUUUGUUUUUUGCGUUCUUAUGUGAGCUGUAG